AGGCCCCGGGACCGGUUCAGCAUCAACUCCAGCAGUGGAUUAGACCACGGUGACGAUGACGUCACUAUCAACUCCACCCAGCAGUGGAUUAGACCACUGUGACGAUGACGUCACUAUCAACUCCAGCUAGCAGUGGAUAGACAACGAUGACGUCACUCAACUACACCCAGUAAUGGAUAGACCACGGUGACGAUGAUGUCACUAUCAACUCCACCCAGCAGUGGAUAGACAACGAUGACGUCACUCAACUACACCCAGCAGUGGAUAGACCACGGUGACGUCACUGUCAACUACACUCAGCAGUGGAUCAACAACGAUGAUGUCACUAUCAACUACACCCACCAGUGCAUAGACCACGGUGACGACGUCACUCAACUCCAUCCAGCAGUGCAUCGACUACAAUGACGUCACUGACCUACACCCAGCAGUGCAUAAACCACGGUGACGUCACUACACCCAGCUGUGGAUAGACAACGAUGAAGUCACUCAACUCCAUGCAGCAGUGCAUAGACUACGAUGACGUCACUCUCAACCCCACCCAGCGGUGGAUAGACCGCGAUGACGUCACUCAACACCCAGCAGUGGAUAGACCACGGUGACGUCACUAUCAACUACAGCAGUGGAUCGACAACGAUGACGUAACUAUCAACUACACCCAGCAGUGCAUAGACCACGGUGACGUCACUCAACUCCACCCAGCAAUGGAUAGACAACGAUGACGUCACUUUCAACUACACCCAGCAGUGCAUAGACCACGGAGACGUCACUCAACUCCACCCAGUUGUGGAUAGACAACGAUGACGUCACUGUCAACUACACUGCAUCGACCACGGUGACGAUGACGUCACUCAACUCCAUCCACCAGUGCAUAGACUACGAUGACGUCACUCAACUACACCCAGCAGUGCAUAGACCACGGUGACGUCACUAUCAACUCCACCCAGCAGUUGAUAGACUACGAUGACGUCACGAUCAACUCUACCCAACAGUGGAUAGACGAUGGGUGACGAUGACGUCACUAUCAAUUCAUACCCGCCGUGCCCAUCCACACUACCAAUUAUGGAAAUGUUCCGAAGAUGGGUGGGGGGGGGUUAAUCCCCCUCCCCCCACCCAUCUUAUCCGUGUUAGGAAAUCCAACCGCUCUCCGCCAGCCAAUAGGAAGGCGGAAUUGCGGACACACCUCCGCGAUCUUCCAGAAGACUUGUCGCAGUUUUUGUUGUUGUUGGAGACGGUGGUGUUGGUGACGUCAUCUCAUCCCUCCUCCGUCAGUAAAAUUGUGGGGGAAUGAUGAGAGUGGCAGGAUGACGUCAGAGCCCCUCACGGACCAAUGGCUGCGUCGCCUACAGUGCCACUCCUCCACCGUUCCCGGAAUGACGUCAUCCACCACUCACCACCACUAACCGCCUUUGUCAAUAAAGAGGGCGUGGCGAUGUCGGUGAUGUCAGAGCCCCCUCACGGACCAAUGGCUGCGUCCCUUUCGCCACUCCCCCCCACUUCUCCUCCGAUGACGUCAUCCACUCACCCCCCCUUCCCACUGUCCAUAAAGAGGGCGUAGUGGUGGUGCCUUUGACGUCACUGCCCCACACGGACCAAUGGCUGCGUCCCUUUCGCCACUCCCCCACCUCGGAUGACGUCACCCCUCGCCACUGUCCAUAAAGAGGGGCGUGGUGGUGGUGCCGUGACGUCACUGCCCCACACGGACCAAUGGCUGCGUCGCUUCGCGCGGUGCUCCGCCACCGCCACCUGGCCGCGUUCUCCAAUGGGGGCCUGGCCGGCUUCUCGGUCUCGGGCCGAGCCUCGGGCUCGCCUGGCGCGCUCGCCCGCCUCGACGACGUUCUGGCGGCCGAGCUGGACGGCAUCAAGGCGGCGGGGACGUGGAAGGGAGAACGGGUUAUAACGUCUCGCCAGCAGGCGGUCGUCCGUAUCGACGGUGAAGAGGUGGUGAACUUCUGCGCUAACAACUACCUGGGGCUGUCGUCCCACCCCGAGGUGGUGGAGGCGGCUCGCUCGGCGCUGCUCACGCACGGAGCCGGACUCAGCUCCGUGCGCUUCAUCUGUGGGACGCAGGACAUCCACAAGCAGCUGGAGAAACAGCUGAGUGAGUUCCACGGGCAGGAGGACUGCAUCCUCUACCCAUCGUGCUUUGACGCGAACGCUGGACUCUUUGAGGCCCUGCUAGGCCCAGACGAUGCUGUCUUCUCAGACGAACUGAAUCACGCUUCCAUCAUCGACGGCCUGCGCCUGUGCCGAGCCCGUAAACAUCGCUACCGCCACCUGGACCUCGAAGACCUGGACCAUAAGCUUCGGCAGAACCACGACUGCCGGCUGAAGCUGAUCGCCACAGACGGCGUGUUCUCCAUGGACGGCGAGGUUGCCCCGCUCGCUGAUCUCGGCACGUUGGCCCAGCGUCACAGUGCCCUCGUGUUUGUCGAUGAAUGUCACUCAACUGGAGUCCUGGGUGACACAGGGAGGGGCACGGAAGAGUUGCUGGGAGUGGGGAGUGGGGUUGUUAACAUCCUCAACUCCACCCUGGGGAAAGCACUUGGUGGAGCAGCUGGAGGCUACACCACAGGACCUAGCUCACUAGUCUCUCUGCUACGUCAACGUUCACGUCCUUACCUGUGUGUGUGUACACUGUGUGUGUGUACACUGUGUGUGUGUACACUGUGUGUGUACACUGUGUGUGUGUACACUGUGUGUGUGCACACUGUGUGUGUGCACACUGUGUGUGUACACUGUGUGUGUGUACACUGUGUGUGUACACUGUGUGUGUACAGGAGGCUACACCACAGGACCUAGCUCACUAGUCUCUCUGCUACGUCAACGUUCACGUCCUUACCUGUGUGUGUGUACACUGUGUGUGUACACUGUGUGUGUGUACACUGUGUGUGUGUACACUGUGUGUGUACACUGUGUGUGUGUACACUGUGUGUGUACACUGUGUGUACACUGUGUGUGUACAGGAGGCUACACCACAGGACCUAGCUCACUAGUCUCUCUGCUACGUCAACGUUCACGUCCUUACCUGUGUGUGUGUACACUGUGUGUGUACACUGUGUGUGUACACUGUGUGUGUAC